AUGAGCCCACAAAGUGACAUAAAUCUGGAAGAAAGCAGUGACAAGAGCCACCUAGAAACUGGUUUUCCAGGUACUUUUCCCCUCCCCCCUCAGGCUUCAUAAAUGCUUGCAGAAAAAGUAUCUGCAAGGUAUUUUAUAUAUAGAUAUUUAGCGUUUGAAGCCAUAAAUAGCUUUAAAGUGUACCUAGAAAUUGUUAGGACUCGCUAUUCAAAGAUCAGAGGUGAUUUUAGGGUAGUGUGACUGGUACAUGAAAGACGGGGAGGGGGUGCCAAAUUUUAGUGUUGCACAGGACACCGUUGAAAUCUGAGAGCUGACAGGUUGCCACUGCAAAGAUGAAUAUAUCCAACAGUUAAGGGCUCCUCUAGGUGACCUAUUUAUUGAGCAUUCAUCUUGAUUUGCAUGCACAAAGCUUAUGCAGAGGUUAGACUAUGCCUUGUCUUUAUUGAACCUGUUUUGUUUGCAGGAUGCUGAUAUGGCAAUGAGCAUUAACCCUGUUUUGCUUGCAAGGUGUUUAUAUGUUCCCCUAUUAAUCAUUUGUUCAUCCUACACUUUUCAGUGCAUUUCCCCAUCAGUUCCAUAACAGCGAAAAGUCAAUUUUUUAAAAAGUGGAUUUGUUGAACUUGGGCAAUACGUAGAUAUUAUAUUAAACCAGAAAAUAAUAUUAAAGAAACAUCCUUCUCUCAUCUAUCAGAGAAUUUGUGGUUGAGACCUAACAAGAGUGAAGCCUGAAAAGAGCUGCUGAGAAACAAGAGGUAUCAGCAUGCUUGGAUGAGCCCUGCGGUGCAAGCAGUGCCGGAUUUACGUAUAAGCUAAACAAGCUAUAGCUUAGGGCCCCACUCUCUUGGGGGCCCCCCAAAAAAUUAAAAGUGGAAAAAACUGGAUGUACAUUUCCAAAAUUUAAGAUUAAAAACAAAUAAAAUAAAACCUACAUUCAGCAACAGUGUUUUGUGUUGUGUAGGCUCCUAUUUGUUAUGUGCAAAUGGCUUUAGAUACCUAUUAGGACAAUUUGUUGUUGACAAAGGACAGCUGGACAUAUAAAGGGCCCCAUUACCUUCAGUAGCUUAGGGCCUCAUCAAACCUAAAUCCGGCCCUGAGGUGCAAGGCAAUUUCUUAAUUAUACCCAGUGCUUUUUUUCAGGGGUACUCAAGGGUAUGAAGAACCAGCACCUCCUUUUUUGUUGUUGUUAAAAAGUGUGGCUUUUACUAUAACAACUUCAUGGUGAGUACUGGCACCUAUUUUUCUAGGGGGGAAAAGCACUGAUUAUACCCAUAGUCUUGCUUCCACAACAGUAUAUUGUUUUCUGUCAGAUCCACCCUUGAUUAAAACCAAAAACCAAAAACACUUAGCAUGGACUUUCUCACUCACAGAAGCAUUAAGGCACUAGUGGUGAACACUAUAUUGAUAAAACCUGUUUGGUGUUUCGCAACUUUCUGACUAGUUGCAGGACCUUAGCCAGACCUAGCAGAGCACACGCAGAAUCCACGGAAGAAAUUGGCGACUUGGCUGCAGACAGGAUAGACGAAACAGGAACCAGGAACUUGUAGUUAGGUGUUUAUUAUAUACAGUGGACUAUUUACAGGAACAGAACACGGAUCUUUAGCUAGCUCUCUCUGACACGACUCACAACUCCCAACCUCCAACUCCUACACUGACACAGAACAACUGAACCUCUGAACUCUGAACUAAUGCAUUCCAGUUAGUAGGCCAUUAAUUAUCACUCCUUUGAGAGAGCUUGACCAAUCAGGGAGGGGUCUCCAUGUCUCUGUUAUCACCAGGUAGACUUACUCUUUCAGAUUGCCUUCUGGCUGUCUGCCAAACCUUAAUUGACUCUGUGUGAGUAGCUUCACGUACACAGUUUCCCAACACACUAGAGGCGGGGUCUUUUCAGUUUGGUGAAAUUCCCUCCCAAGGGAUGUGCAAUUGGCCCCAUCAGUCCCAGACUAAACUGUUUGCAUCAACUAUUUCCACUGAAAACAUGCUCUAUAUUCAAUUCAUUUUCCAGAAGUGGCUUUUACAUCAUGUGAAAGCUGAAGUAUAAUUUGGAAAUCAACCGUUAGGGACAUGUCAGAAAAGAGAAAUGAACUGCUGUGUGAAUGCAGCCUUAAAUUACCCAGCUGCACCUCUGCCCAUGUAGGCUCUGUUCUAAAGUUUGAGUCAACACAUGGAGGUCAGUGGUGGAGCCAAUGGCCAAAUCCUGCCUCUACCUCUCUGUUUUCAUUGCUACAUGGUUGAAUGCCCGAACAGUCCAUAUGAGUUAUCCAAAAGGAGUACAUAAAACAUGAUCUGUUUGUUAAUAACUUCUUCUUCAUCUCUCAUUAGUCAGAGACUGUGGAAUCUACACACACAUAUAUAAAAAUAAACUCUGUGAAAAUGUGUUUUUUUUAAAAAAAACAUUUUGAAAAACACAUUCGCCACUGUAUAGCUGAGCCCUAUCUUAAAGGUGGUGUGGGGGAUAUUAUUAGUUUGUGCAUUUCAGCAAAGAUCCCAUCUCAUCAGUCACUGUAAUUAGUAGAUUAAAAACUCCCAUCUGCUGCUUUGGUAUUUUAAUCCAUCAGCAGGUUAGAGAAAAAGUACUGUCCUCUAGGAUGGAAAUAGGAAUUGUAUUUUAUUAUUUUGUUAAACGAACCCUAACUUGCAGCAGCAGUUCUGAAGGAAGGUAAGGCCAAAAUUAGCUCUGAAACAGCAUACAAAAGAUGAUUUAUGGGGAGUUAGUUUAAUUUUAAUAAAGUAAUAUAAUCCCUGUUCCUUGCUUUAUAGGUAGGAUUUUGCCCUUCACUUAUAGAAGAAACAGCUUCCUUCUGAGCUCUAUUAACUGAUAACAUUUUUUCCCUACGCACAGACACGCUUGUUAUAAUUCUCUCUGGCUAUGCACAGUUCACUAAACUAAUGAGCUGUUUGAGGACCACAUGCUUUUGGUAUUCUUUUUUUCCCAACGUAUAUGCUGGUAAAAUUCUAAAUAGUACCACUAAAGCCCAAAAAUGUGCAAACAGUAUCCUAUCAGGUGUGCCUCUAGAAAGUAUACCAUAGUGCUAAUGUACACUUUGUGGCUGAUUGUCCUAGGGAUAUCAGAAGGAAAACAGACCCCCCCCAGGACCAACAAAGCUGUGUCUUCAUGUAUCUUUUCUUAAUACAAAGUAUAACUUUGACACCAAGCCCCCGGGUUCCUCCACAGGUUCCCUGUCUCUGAUGGAGAGUUCUUCUGCUCCUCUCAGCUCAUAGCCAUAGCUACUAAAUGGGAUCCUCCUAAAUGAGGGUCCCAGUUGUGUGUGGGCCCCUAAGGCACCGCCACUGGGAGAGCUGUUGCUGGGCAUAGCCCAAGCCUUAACCAUUGGGCCCCAGGAUCGCGCCAGGCUGUUUGGGCCAAUCGGGACAGUUGGCGCGAUUCCUGGGGCCUAUAAAAGCGGCAGCGCGGAGUAACUGAGGGUACUUGCAUCACGCUGCCGAACACCCGCCCUCCCUCCCUAAUUUUAGGUGCUGCUGCUUUGGCCUUGCUUUGGAUUGGGUUGCCUGCUUUGGAGCAGGGGCUGGGUAGGAUUUUUUUCCAUUUGGUAGAUUGGAUGUAGCCACUUGGUUUUCGCCAACACCCUUAGCAAUCGUCACAACUUUGUAAGGUUUGGCGGUUAGGCAUUGGCUUAUUGAAGUGUGUGGGAGGGGAGGUGCGGCCAUUGCCUGCCCCUCCAUGAAUAAGGGUAUUCCGGUAAAGGAAUCUGGGGGUCCUGGAUCUCGUCCGAAGUCUGCUUGAGGGGCUAGGACCAUGCCAGGACCACAGGAACCCCAGGGUGAGGUUCGGUUGGUCUUCAUCGAUGUUGCUUCCUUGUUUGGUGUUUACCCUUUCAGACUACCAGCCAGAGAGGCAGGAGUCAGUUAUAGUCUGUUGCCAAUGCCUAAGCCAACACCGCUCACUUUGCUGUAAUCAAUAAAGUUGUGGCCUAAAUUUUGCCCAAUAACUUAAACUAAAAUUACGUGUCAGUGUGAAGUUAUUUUCAGGGGAAGCGCUUGGGGGCCUCGAAGCACAACCAUUACGGCUAUGUUCUGCCUCCGUGGUUGGAGGCAAUAUGCUUCUAAAUACCAGUUGUUAGAAACUAUAGGAAGGGAGAGUGCUCUUGUGCUCAGGUCCUGCUUGCAGGUUGCCUACAGACAUCUCUUUGGCCACUGUGAAAACAGGAUGGUUGACAAGAUGGGUCAAAGGCCUGCUCCAGCAAGCACUUCUUAUGUUCUUAUGCCAGCUGUGCCAGCACUACGCUUAUGCCAGCACUACGCCAGCUGUGUCAGAUGGAGGUCAGCAAAGGGGAAAGAGCCUUUUUGUUAUGAUGGCAGUGUUACUGUUUGCAGGGACGUUGGCGAUUUAAGACUGCUGUGGGAAUGAGGGCCAAUGAGCAAACCUCGCCCCUGAUCCCACCAGUUCAAUUUCUGCUUAUAGAGAGUUCAGGGGAAAACUGCACAUCUUAGCACAGACUGGCCACCCUGACGUUUUAGCAAAAUAUAAAUACAAGCCAAUGUGAUUGCUGUUUCUAAACAGCUUUAAUGAACCUGCAAGUGCUGUGUCCUAUCAUCAUAAAAAGUGGUGUGGGUGUUUUUUUUGGGGGGGGGGCGGGCGGGAUGUAACUAAAUCUACUCAAACAGUCUCAUAAAGUUGUAUCAUCUGAUCAAAAAGUCCAUUUGGGGAUGAGGGAAAAGAAUCAUCUGUUCCAUUGUCCAAUCCUGCAGCAGGACAUCCUAGACUAGAUGAAACAUCCAGAGAAGAUUGUGUGGUCAUGGGAGCAGUAUACUUACAUCAGCAACAAUGUGUGAAUCAUCAACAUAGGGCUCCUCCAAAUGAGCUGCUUAUUGUGCAUUUCAUUCUGAUUUGCUUACACAAAGCUUACAUGGAAGUUAGAUGAACUCAGCUCUUUACUGAGCAUUCAUUCUGGUUUGUUUGGGGGACAUUAUAUGACAAUGAGCAUUUAUGCUGAUUCAUUCUGAUUUGUUUGUGCUGAGGUUAUAGAUAUUCUCAUCAACUGAUCAUUAUCCCACACUUUUUAUUGCAUUUCCCUGUCAUUUUCCUAACUACGAAAAGGUAUAUUUUUUGUUGCACUAGACUGCUUUAACCCACUUUAAUUGUGACUUGAGAACCACAUCCCUACAAUUGUCGGGAUCCCUCUUCUCCAGAAACCCUAGGAAUUGUAGCUCCGUGUGGGGACUAGGGAGUCUCCUAUCAACUCUCUGAACAAAUGCAGUUCCGAGAAUUCUUCAGGAGAAGCCAUGCCUGUUUAAAGUAGUAUGAUAGUGCUUUAGAUGUAUAGUGUGGAAGGGAUCACAGAGAAGUGGCUUCUUAAAGUUGUACUCAUAGCGUAUCAAAUGCACAAACUGUUGUUCAGCACUAAAUUUCACUCAGCUUCUGGCUAUAAAUGCUGAACCUGACCCUCCAGCCAUUUAUUUGUUCUAGACUUUUAUAUCUCACAUUUCCAUCAUUCAGUGCUCAAGGCAGUUUACAUAAAAUCAUCCAUACCAAUCUCAGACAUCUUUUAUGGUAAAUAUUGCUACAUACAGUUUAUCUUUGGCAAGCUGCAUUAAAAGAGCACUCACUGACUGUAGUAUGGCAGUCCCUUUGUGAUAUUUACCUUUCCUUUUUGUGAUUUUAAAAUCUCAACACAUUGUUUCCUAUAUACAUGGAACCUGUGUCUGGAACAGAUACAUAAUUGUUCUGAAUGUUCAGGUGUGUUAUUAAACAAGUCAAUGGAUCAGCAGUGGAUCUCUAGGCUGAGUUCAGACUCCAGAAUCGUUUUAUUAAUUUAGCAAGAAGUUACUGAGAGUUUUGCCAUUGAUUUGACCAUGCUUGGUAUCUCUUAAAACACAUUUCUGCUGCUUGAUUUGAUUAUUUGUGCUGAGAGAACUUGUUCUCUUUAUUUCCCUCUCAUUCUUAAAGCAAAACUACAGCAGCCAUUUCCGUAUUGUUUAAACCCACCCGAGAGUUUCAACUUAUCAAUUAUCACCACUUUAAUGCCUAUAUUUAAGUUUACACACAAAUUACACUGUAAUGCGGACACUGAUACACUCAUCUCCUGUGGGUGCAUUAACAUUGCAGGCUUUGUCACCUUAUCUUGCUCCGUCACUUUAUUAAAAGUUCUUUAUGGGAAACUACUGUAUAUGUUAGCUGCCUUAUAAGAUUAUAUCUUGACUUUGUUUCAUUUUCCAGCGAUUUAUUACACAGCAGAAUAAAUUCAUAGUCUAAAACCGUCGCGUUUAGGAGAUAAUAUUUUGUCAGCUCAUAUAGUUUUGCAAAUGCUGCUUUUAGAGGUUGUGAAUAAUAUUUUGAAAGGCACUUAAAAGUAUGAAGGGAAUGCUGGAACGAUUGUAUGGACUGCGUCCUCCUCUGACACACUUGUACAAAUUGGGAAAUGAUAUAAGGGAGGGCUAUUUAGAUAGCAUUCCCUAUUUAGCCACAUUUUGUGGAGCGACCUUUUCCAACCUUGUGCUCUUCGGACAGUUUUGGACUACAAUUCCAGCAUCCUUAACCAUUGGCCCCAUUGCCUUUGGCUAAUGGGAGCCCUGCAACAUCUUGAGGGCACCAAGUUUUGGAAGGCUGGUAUAGAGCAGUGGUCUUCAGAUGGUAGGUCGGGAUCCGCUACCUGGUCGGACACAAUAGCAACACUACCACCAUUCAAACAUGUGGGGAAAGGUUAAGAAAUGACUCCCCAGAUGCAUGUUUGGGUUAAAUGUGGGUCUUGAAAAGGCAGAAGUCUAUUGAGAGCAUUUCCUGUUGUCCGGAUCUACUAGGUCCUGGUGCCUGAGUCAGGUGAGGCUUCCUCAGGAACAGAGGGUGAGCCCCUUGCAACUCCACAACAUGCUGGAACUAGGAGUUGACUCUCCCUUGUGAGAAUACCAGAUAAGCAGCUGUGAAAGAGACCUCACAGACCUCACUGAAUCUAUCGACUGCCAUAUGCCUGGGCUCUCACUACACUAUACUACAGUUGUAGUAUACUAUACAAUGUAGUGAGUCCCCAAACCUCUGAAUAUGUGCAGGGAGAUGCAGCGGGGAAGGAAUUGCCAGAAAACAGCUUCGCUUUCCAUUCGACUCCUCAUAUAUAUAUAUAUAUAUAUAUAUAUAUAUAUAUAUGAUUUCCUGUCCAGGGCCAGAUUUAGGUUUGAUGAGGCCCUAAGCUACUGAAGGUAACAGGGCCCUUUAUAUGUCCAGCUGUCCUUUAUCAAUAACAAAUUGUCACUGUUUAUUGUGUUGAAUAUAUGCUAUAUGGUAAUUUAUGGACCUAAUAGGUAUUUAAAGCCAUUCACACAUAACAUAAUAUGUAUUUUAUCAAAGUACAUACAGCUUUUUCCCCCGUUAAUUUUUUGUGGGGGCCCCCAAGAGAAUGGGCCCUAAACUAUAGCUUGUUUAACUUAUACAUAAAUCCAGCACUGUGCCCGUCAUCACAAGAUAUCAGGGUGGUUCACAGUUAAACGAAAACAAUAAAACAAUACACCCCCUUUAGGCAAAAGCAGUCAGGGAUUUAAUUUAACACUCAGUUAAUUUAACACUCAGGUAAUUUAACACUCUUGUGACCCCUUCCACGAAGGAGGCUGCCCACUGUAUCUCUGAAUGAUUUGUUCCUUUUCUUUUGUCUGUAUCUGCACUGGGUGUGACUAGGUCACUUGGUCAAACCCAAUGUAGCAGCAGCCUCAGAAAAGCCCAUUUAUCAUUCCACUCCACUGAUGGAGCCAUCUGUGAUGACAGUACACCACAUCCAAUGUCUCCCACUGCUUUUGCAGAGGAAGCAGGGCCAGCUCCAGCUGAGGAUGUGUUUGAGAGCCAUGAACAGCCUGGGAGUCCAAGAUUCAGUCCUGUCUUGGUAUGUUCCACUGUCACUGUGUUGCAGGGCAUAUAGCAGGGUUGAGGGAACCUGUAGCCCCCUAGAAGUUCCUGAACUCAAACUCCCAUCAUCCUUGACCACUGGCCAUGCUGGCUGGAGCUGAUAUGAGUUGAAGUUCAGCAACAUCUGGAGGAACACAAGUUCCCCAUCCCUGGCAUAUAGUAUAGGGCGAUGAAGGAUAAAUACAAGUUUUAUGCUAAAGAGUGUAACAUAUCUUGCCACUCUUUGUCCCAACAGCGCUGCCCAUUUAUUUAAAUUCUAAAAUUCCUCCAGUUGAUUAAAAUAAUAUGACAAUAUCAUUAAUAUUCUUAAUAAGUUCUUAUUUAGGUGCUCAUUUCCUAUACUUGACACUUGGGGAUUGAAUAAAAUGAUCUGGUUAAUGGUUAAACCUUACCCAAGAAGAAUUUUUAUGUAGAUCUUACAUAGACUCAUCCAUCAGUCUCUUCAUGUAGACAUAUGGGUAAUAAAGGCAUAUUUGCUACAAUUUAUCUUUAAUAAGAGCCAUAUAUUUGAACCAUGGGGAAGAUUCUAAAAGUGGACAAGUUCAUUUUCAGAUUCAGAAUGGAAGUAUAAAAAGCUAUCCAUCUGCCUUAAUUAUGUUGGUGUGAAGGCUUAAAAUUUACUUCCUCUUCAUAAAUGCUACUUAGAAUUUAAUUUCAGGUGUUCUGCAUGGAGUGCAUUGGCAAAUAGCAUUGCAUGGAAAAUAAAGGCACACAAAAGUUAUUAUUUCAGAGACAAUCCAGCUCUUUCUGUGAUCCAUAUUUUAAAAGGUUGUGGCAAAGAGGCUAAGGGCUGCUUGUUGCUUUAUUUAAAGCAUUGUGAGAAUUGAAAUGGCUAACUGUGUGUGAAGAGCUUUAGGUUCUGCAGAUAACUUGGUGUUAAUAGUUAUAAUAACUCUGUCUGAAGCCAUAAAAUUCUAAGUUCCACAACUGUAGUGUUAGUGAGGCCUAUGAAAAGGGUCAGAGUGCCACCUCUGAAUAAUAUUGCUACAAUCCAGGCACUUUGGGGUAGUUGUCCCUUGGCCUGAAGCAGCAAUUCAUGCCUCAUUCAUUAGUUAUGAUUUAAUUGUGCUAACUUACAUUGCUGAAUAUUCUGGAAAUCUGAAACCGAUAUCUAUUUUGGGUCCUCCUGAAUGACAGAGGUGAAUCUAAAAGACCUGAAUUGUCAUGUGCUAGUUAUCUUGUAUAUAAAAAAGUAAAGGUAAAGGGACCCCUGACCAUUAGGUCCAGUCGUGGCCGACUCGGGGGUUGCGGCGCUCAUCUCGCUUUAUUGGCUGAGGGAGCUGGCAUACAGCUUCCGGGUCAUGUGCCCAGCAUGACUAAGCCGCUUCUGGCAAACCAGAGCAGCGCACUGAAACACUGUUUACCUUCCUGCCAGAGCGGUACCUAUUGAUCUACUUGCACUUUGAUGUGCUUUCGAACUGCUAGGUUGGCAGGAGCAGGGACCAAGCAACGGGAGCUCACCCCGUCACAGGGAUUCGAACUGCCAACCUUCUGAUCGGCAAGUCCUAGGCUCUGUGGUUUAACCCACAGCGCCACCCGUGUCCCUAUUUUGUAUAUACUCUGGCACUAUUCAAUUAGAAAUCCCAGAAGGACAAUAGUUAAGAGAAAACACCACUGUGCUUUUCAUGUGCUUUAUGGGGGGGAACCACAGAGAAAUAUGCACAAGUUCUUUUUUCAUUAAAAUUUGCCCUUUAGAGAGAGGAAAAAGUAGUUAAUAACAACCACAUUAGGUCCUGAAUCAGAGCAGGGCUGUGGUAUUAGCAGAGGAUUUUGUUAAAAGCUCCCUAAGCCAAUGUUAUUUACCCAUUUAAAUUGUCACAGUCAAUCACCGAAGCUGCUGUUUGCUUUAUAGGACCAUAGUGGUAUAGGCCACUCCCAUCUGUGCCAAGCAAUAGCAAGAUUCCAGGGGUCUUGGCACUUAAGCAGGUUAGAUCUUCCCUAGGUUAUAUCUUUGCAUUCUAAGAACGUAAGAUGAGUCUGCUGGAUUUCGCCAAUGGCCCAUCUAGUCCAGCAUCCUCACAGUGGACUACAAGAUGCCUGUGGGAAUCCUACAAGCUAACCAAAAGCCACAGGUUCCCCGCCUUUGUUCUCUCUCUCUCUAUAUAUAUAUACCGGUAAUUCCUAUGCUCUUGGCAAAUUUUAUUCUGUUUCUCAGAGCUUCAUACCUGUGUCCUGUGCACAGUAUAUACAAUAGCGUCGGAGUUUAAAUGUAAUCAUAUUUUAACAUGGCUUUGAGAACAGCAUUAAUAGCUGGCAAUAUCAGCUUCCAAAGAACAGCUCAGGAGACUACAAAGAAAAUAGACCCAACAUGUUUUAGCUUAAGAUAAUGGCUCUCAAGAAGAGCUGCUGUGGUCCAUCUUCAUGUGGUAAAUAGGUGCAUAUACACCAUCCUGAUACUGCAUUUACUUCAGAAUAAAUAGACAAUUAACUAGACGGCUAUAAGCCUGCUGAAAUCAAUUCCUAAAAGCCCCCUGAAACUGAAUUUUCUAUCAUUCCAAGAAGCAAAGACUGAUUAUAUUAUACAAAUCUAAGGGCAGGCUUAAAUAUUGAUUCCUACAGUGGUCCUCUAUUCUUUUCCAAGUUAAUUUAAUAAAGCUGUCACCUUUUAUAACAUCUUUGGCUCCUGGUCUUCUCUUUGUGUUUUCAGUGCAGGCCUGCUGGCUUCGGGUCAAACAAGGCACAGUAUUAAAUGUGUCUUUGCAUUUAACAUAAAUAUUUGUUUGGUUUUUAAAAUGUGAAUAGCAACAACUGGAAGCGGGGCUGAUAACAGUCAAGAUCAGAGCAGGCAGGGAGGAGAUUUAGCCCUUUCCUCUCCUAUUGUGAUCCAUCCUCCGAAGUUAAUAUGUGAAUUGGAAGGAAAUCCUCCAUUGGCACCCAUGCAAAAAUGUAUAUGGUAGUUCAUACCUUAUUCCUUCUUUACACUGGCAUAGAAUCUGAAUGGGGCCUGAUAAAGUGCUCCUGUUUGUUGAGCUGUCGGAUCUGGCCAUGGUGACGCAUGCCUUAAUUACAUCCUGGUUGGACUACUGUAAUGUUCUCUACAUGAGGCUGCCUUUAAAAAAUGUUCAGAAGUUUCAGAUGGUCUACAAUGCUGCAGCCAAGACAACUGACUGGGGCUGGUUGCAGGGAGCAUGUUACUCCCUUAUUACAGCAACUUCACUGGCUAGCGGUCCAAUUCUGGGCACAAUUCAAAGUGCCGGUUAUUACCCAUAAAGCCCUAUAUGGCUUGAGGCUUGAGUAUACAAACCUGCCCAGGUGCUAACCUCCUCAGAAGAGCACCUUCUGUCAAUGCCAUCAACAUCAGAAGCAUAGUUGGAGGUGAUGAGUGAGAGAGCCGUUUCUGUGGCUGCUUCCAUAUUACCCAAUUCCCUCCUAAGAGAGGUUAGUCAGACUCCUUCUUUGUUAUCCUCCUGCCAGCAGGCUAAGACCUUCUUGCUCAGACAGGCUUUUGGAAAUUAAGGUGCAGAAAAUGCUGAGCACCAGGCCAAACUGUUUUUAACUGCUAAUUUAAAUGUGUUUUCAUGUAUUUUAAUUAUUGUUUUUAGUUAGUUUGAUUUUAUUACAUUGUAUUUUAUAGUGUUGUUUUAAAAUGUUGUAGGCUGCCUUGAAUCUCCACUUGGGAGAAAGGUGUGAUAAUAAAUAAUAACAAUGAUAAAUAAUAAACCACUUCGGUUUUCCAGGCUCUUAAACGUGAGGUUUCACUUGUCAUUAAAAACUCACCACAACUGCAUUGAAUAAAUUCACCUUUUUAGUAAAUAAAUCCUGCUUUGUAAUUCAUUUGAUAAAUUAUAGGGUUUGUACUUGACUGAAAACUUCUAAUUAUUUGGUCCCGCUUAUCUUUAUUCGUUCCCUGGCAGAUGGUGAUUUUGUAUUAUGUGCACUGACCAUAUGAUUGUCAAGUGAUCCAGAAUAUGUAUCUUUUCACACUUUGUUUUUUCUCUCUCUCAUUUUUAAACUCAGCUGUUCUUUUUAUUCAGCUGUUUCCUUUAAUCUGGGCCAUUUAUGUGGCAAGUCUCUGUGAGAAAUUCACUUGCAGCAUGUCAAGCAUGUCAUUACAGGGGCAGCAUGUCCCAUUUUACCACUUAAGGUGAAACUGGAAGUGAUGACACACCCUGUUGCCACCAUGCCAUGCCAUGCCACCUGCUGCACCACCACCAGAGAAGCAGUGCCCUGCUGGUGA